ACGGGGCUUGAAUCCACCCCACAGAGUGAAGUCAAUUUCAAUGACUACUUUCACGCAACAGGAAAUAGAAUUUCUGCAGAAACAUGGGAAUGAAGUGUGCAAACAGAUUUGGCUAGGCCUAUUUGAUGAUAGAUCAUCAGCAAUUCCAGACUUCAGGGAUCCACAGAAAGUAAAGGAAUUUUUACAGGAAAAAUAUGAAAAGAAAAGAUGGUAUGUACCUCCAGAGCAAGCAAAGGUGGUGGCAUCAGUCCAUGCAUCCAUAUCGGGGUCUUCUGCUAGUAGUACAAGCAGCACACCUGAGGUGAAGCCGCUCAAAUCUCUCCUGGGAGAAGCUGCACCCACACUGCACUUAAACAAGGGCACACCUAGCCAAUCUCCUGUUGUAGUUCGAUCUCAAGGACAGCAGCAACAAGAAAAGAAACAAUUUGACCUCCUCAGUGACCUUGGCUCAGAUAUCUUUGCUGCUGCUCCUCCUCAGUCAACUGCUACAGCAAAUUUUGCUAAUUUUGCACACUUCAACAGUCAUACAG